AUUAGCUAGGCACCCAGUGCAAAAGUGAGCAAGUACUCAAGUCGUCACACUUGCUAAUCACUGAUGGAGAGGCAGUCGAUGAUCCUUGUUGGUGAUGAUAAGGAAGAGAUAAUUAUUCGUAAGUCAGCUGAAUAUCACCCUACUGUUUGGGGUGACUAUUUCAUCCGGAACUACUCUUGUUUGCCCCUCGAAGAAGAAAAGGAGUACAUGAUAAAGAGGGUGGAAGAGUUAAAAGAUCGAGUGAGAAACCUAUUCGAAGAAACACAUGACGUAUUGCAAAUUAUGAUUUUGGUUGAUUCGAUUCAACUUCUUGGAUUGGAUUAUCAUUUUGAGAAAGAAAUAACUGCGGCACUAAGAUUGAUUUACGAAGCUGAUGUUAAGAAUUACGGGCUUUAUGAAGUUUCUCUUCGAUUUAGAUUGCUUAGGCAACAUGGAUAUACUUUGUCUCCAGAUGUUUUUAACAAGUUCAAAGAUGCUAAAGGAAGAUUUUUGUCGGCCUUGAAUGGAGAUGCAAAGGGACUACUAAGCUUAUACAACGCGGCUUAUCUCGGAACACAUGAAGAGAUGAUACUUGACGAAGCUAUUUCUUUUACGAAGUGCCAACUUGAAUCUAUGUUGGGUGAACUUGAACCACCUUUAGCAACAGAGGUGUCUCUUUUCCUUGAAACGCCACUAUAUCGAAGGACUAGAAGAUUCUUGGUGAGAAAAUAUAUACCUAUUUAUCAAGAGAAAGUGAUGCGAAAUGAUACUAUAUUAGAACUUGCAAAGUUAGAUUUCAAUCUACUACAAUCUCUUCAUCAAGAGGAAGUGAAGAAAAUUACAAUAUGGUGGAAUGAUUUAGCACUGAUUGAGUCUUUAAAAUUUGCCCGUGAUCGAGUGGUGGAAUGUUAUUAUUGGAUAGUCGGAGUGUAUUUUGAAUCUCAAUACUCUUAUCCACGGAUAAUUACUUGCAAAGUUAUUUCCCUCAUGUCAAUUAUGGAUGACAUCUAUGAUAACUACAGCACAUUGGAAGAGAGUCGACUAUUGACUGAGGCAAUCGAAAGGUGGGAACCUCAAGCUGUUGAACAUGUACCAGAAUACUUAAAAGACUUUUAUCUCAAGCUGUUAAAGACUUACAAAGAUUUUGAAGAUGAACUAGAACCCAAUAAGAAAUAUCGCAUACCAUAUCUUCACAAGGAGAUAAAAGAUCUAUCAAGAUCUUAUUUCCAAGAAGUUAAAUGGUGUGCUGAAGGAUAUGUGCCAACACUGGAGGAGCAUCUGCGUGUUUCAUUGAAAUCCACCGGGUAUCCUGCGAUUACAUGUGUCUCUUUCGUAGGUCUGGGAGAAGAUGCAACAAAAGAGGCAUUUGAAUGGGUUACUAGUUUCCCCAAGAUCCUUAAAUCAUGCACUAUAAUUACUAGACUUAUGGAUGAUAUAGCAUCACACGAGCGGGAGCAAGAAAGAGACCAUGUCGCUUCGACAGUUGAAAGUUACAUGAAAGAAUACGGUACAAGCAAAAAAGUGGCACAUGAGAAAUUGCAAGUGGUGGUGGAACAAGCAUGGAAGGAUAUAAACAAGGAAUGCCUCCAUCCAACAACGCAAGUAGCUCGAACUUUAAUUGAAAUAAUAUUGAACCUUUCAAGAACCAUGGAAGACAUAUACAAGUACAACGAUACCUAUACCAAUUCCAACACUAGGAUGAAAGAUAACAUCUCUCUCAUAUUGGUUGAAUCCUUCCCUAUUUAAGAGUAUUGACCAGUACUCUUCUAUAAAUAAAUGUCAGGAAUUAAGAAGAGUAUGUCUUAUCAGGGCAAUGCCUUAAUAUAUAUGUGAUUUGAGAAAUAAAUAAACUAAUAAUAUUGUGAAAUUGCUACUAUCUUUUAGAUUAACGAGUCUAUUUUAUUUUAUUUUUUA